AUGUUGGGAAAGCUAUUUCCUCAUAUAAAACCAAAAACUCUACAAGAGAAGGUGUACUCCCGAGACGCAUUUAUUUAUUUGGAUCGAGUGAUGUGGUCUUUUGGCUGGACAGAGCCCAAAGAAAAAAGGUGGAAAUGGUUGUAUGGUCUUUGGACCUUAACCACAACCAUAGUGGUCUUAAUCCUGUUGCCAAUUUCGAUGGUUGUAUCAUACGUGGACAGUUUUCACAGUUUUUCCGCUGGAGAGUUCCUCAGUUCCCUUGAAAUUUGUGUUAAUAUUUAUGGUUGCUGUUUAAAGUGCGCCUUUUUAAUGAGAGGACAUCUGAUGUUCCAGGAGGCCAAGAAAUUUCUAGAUCGUCUGGAUGAGAGCUGCCAUGGAGAUGAGGAAAACUUAACUAUGCGUCGUUAUGUAGCAUGGGGAAAUUUUUGCUAUAUUAUAUAUCAUAUAUUAUACUGGGGAUUUGUGUUUGUCAACUUUACGGGCUAUAUUCUAAUAAGAAGACACGCCUGGAGGAUGUAUAACCCUUUCCUAGACUCGGAGGAGAAUUUUUAUUCAUCCAGUUUUGCCGAAUUUUUUCUGAUGAGUGCCGUAGUUACCAUGGAUCAGUGCACGGAUGUGAGUCCGUUGACCCAUGUCCUGAUGGCACGCUGCCACAUCACCUUGCUCAAGGACCGCUUGAGUCGAUUGCGCCGGGACAUUCAAAAAAGUGAGGAUGAACACUACAGCGAUUUGACCAAAUGCAUCAAGGAUCAUCGAUUGAUUCUGGAAUACAUCAACGUUCUGCGUCCUGUUUUUUCGGGAACUAUUUUUGUUCAAUUUCUUUUGAUAGGAAUUGUUCUUGGCCUAUCGGCUAUAAAUCUUAUGUUCUUCUCAACUUUUUGGACUGGACUAGGAACCUUAUGCUUCAUGUUCGAUGUUUGUCUGGAAACCUUUCCUUUGUGCUAUUUGUGCAAUGUUAUAGUUGAUGAUUGCCAACAGCUUUCAGACACUCUCUUCCAAUCGAAUUGGUUGUCCGCCGAUCGAAGAUAUAAAUCAACUUUGGUAUAUUUUCUUCACAACCUUCAGAGACCCAUAAUUCUUAUGGCGGGAGGUGUUUUCCAAAUAUGUAUGCAAACAAAUCUAUCGAUGGUAAAAUUGGCAUUUUCCGUGGUCACUGUAAUGAAGCAAUUUAACCUGGCUGAAAAGUUUCAAUAA